CCACGUCUUCCACCCCCCUGACCAUGUCCUUAGGCUUAUUUGCCAUGAUGGGGAGGGAUCGUUGAAUGCGACGCCUUUAGGACCCAGCAGCGCUGCCCAAGAGGUAGCGGCACUCCUCUCAGACAAAGGCAAAGGCAGAGACCGCGUGCCGCUACCUUGCUGCAUCGACACCCAUUACCACCACUCCGCGAGCAGCACCGCAGGCAACCCCGGAACUAAUCACCAGCAUCACACCUCUGCCAGAACCCCCCCCCUCACAAUGAGCAUCACCAAGGAGCUGGACUUCGGACACUUUGACGAGCGCGACAAGGCGUCGCGUACCCCGCGUGGCGGCCGCCUCAACGGCCUGCCCAGCCCCACCAACAGCGCCCACUGCAGCCUGUACCGCACACGCACGCUGCAGGCCCUGUCCAACGAGAGGAAGGCCAAGAAGGUGCGUUUCUACCGCAACGGCGACCGCUACUUCCGGGGCAUCGUGUACCCCGUGGCCCUGGACCGCUUCCGCACCUUCGACGCCCUCCUGGCCGACCUCACACGCUCGCUCUCCGACCACACCAACCUGCCGCAAGGGGUCAGGUUCAUCUUCAGCAUCGACGGAAUGCGCAAGAUCGCCACAAUCGACGACCUCGAGGAAGGGGAGAGCUACGUGUGCGCCUCGGAGAACUCGUACAAGCCGCUGGACUACACCAAGACGGUCAACCCCAACUGGUCGGUGAACGUCAAGGCCUCGGCCAGCCAGAAGAUCUCGCUGGCGGCCAAGGCCACGCUGGGCGGGCCCGAGGGCAAGGACUUUGUGCGGCCCAAGCUGGUGACGGUGAUGCGCAGCGGCGUGAAGCCGCGCAAGGCGGUGCGCGUGCUGCUGAACAAGAAGACGGCGCACUCCUUCGAGCAGGUGCUCACCGACAUCACGGAGGCCAUCAAGCUGGAGAGCGGCGCCGUCAAGAGGAUCUACACGCUGGGCGGGAAGCAGGUGACCUGCCUCCAGGACUUCUUCGGUGAGGACGACGUCUUCAUCGCCUGUGGACCAGAGAAGUUUCGCUACGCUCAGGACGACUUCGCGCUGGACCAGAACGAAUGCCGCGUGAUGAAGACCCCCAAGCCUCCGAAGGGGCUCAUCAAGAGUCCUGGUCCCAUCCGGCGCUCCGGGUCCACCACCGAAUCCAUAGUUAAUGGAACCGGCUCCAACAGCCAGAACUCCCCCACCUCCUCCCCCACUAGUCCGGGACUCGGACGCAAGCAGAAGGACCUGUACCUGCCCCUGUCCCAGGAGGACGAGGACUCCAUGGGAGAGUCUAUGUAGGACUCUGGGCCCCAGAGGCCCCUUUCCUCCUCCAUCGCGCUCCCAGCAGGCCAGCCGAUCGCUCCUAUUGCUCCUGUUUUGGCAUUAGAACAACAACAACAAAAACAACAACCAGGGUUGCGCUGCCAUUUGCUGCUUGAGAAUGCACACAAAUGGACUCUUUUGUUUAACUUUUUUUGUACCCGUUUUUUUUUUUCAGUCACAAGAACCUGUACAUACAGCUGUGCUGUAGGAGUUGUUUCUUAUAUACAUACAUUUCAAUAACGUGCAACGGUAUUUUGUUGGUGUAGAAUGGUAGUUUUCACAAUUCAAUAACACGUAGAAACCCGAUUCACUUUUAACUGAAUGUUUUGUUAUCGAGUGGACUUCUUUUGUUUUGUUUAGCUUACGGAUCAAACAUGAUACCGGGCAGCAAGAAGGAACUUUUUCUAGAGGUGUAAUUCUGGAGCUUUGAUUAGGGUUUUUGUAUCGCUGGUAUUUCAUCCCUUUUUCUCUGCGUCCUCCCGUCUCUCCGCGAGAAAGUAACGGUACUUUUUGAAGAGAGAGCGAUAUUCUCACUGGCUGUAAAUAGUGUGUAUAGCUUUCAUAACGUGCUCGCUUUGUGUCCCUAAAUGUGCUUCCAUAACGUCAGUUAAUCCGCCUCUUUAGUGCUCCCCUCGCCGGGUACGAUCAGAGAGAACCUGCCACCAUUCACCACCCAAUGCAUUACUCCACCACCCCCCAUAUGUGAAUUCUUGAUAAUGACUCUCGAUAUCCUUAUUUAUACUCUGCAUAUCUCACAUGAAAGACACACAGACAAACAAACACACACACACACGCGCACACACAGUACAUGUUACCUGUACAUUUUUGCUUAUGCACUAUUUGAAAAGCUUUUUUAUUUUGAAAGUUAACCCUGGAAGUUAUAUCCAAGUGUGCCCAAAACGUCCCUUCGAGAAUGUUCUUUCUUUUUAAGAGAAAGUCUUUGGCCCUGUAAUAUAAUCACUGUCUCCUCAUAUGCUUACAGUAAAAUCACACCAUUUUUCCCCCUGGCUUAUGUUCUGGUAAAAAUAUCAUGAUGGGGGAGGGGGAAAGUUCAGAUUCAGUGAUUGAAAGAGUCAAAGCCAAAGUAUACUGAAAAUUAGAAAUAUAAGAUGGGACCUGUAUGUAGCGUUACUGUCUGCUGUACCCCCCCCCCCCCCCCCCCCCUACCUAAUGCAUGACUAAUUUAAACGCUCAUCAACGUCAGAUACUCGCAGAUACUCAUCUUAUAGCGGUUGAGGGAUUCUCAACAUUUGCAUGGCUUCAAAUAACGCAUAAUUAUUACAACUCUCUUAAUAGGAAAAAAAACAUUGAUAUAUAAGAGGAUGUUAUGGGAUCAAAAGUUUUGGGUUGUAAAAUUACGUCAAAAGUUUCUAUCCUGGUCAGACCAAACUGUGGUUAUCAAUGAGGGCCCGAUGGUACCGGUACCACUUUCCUUUUCUAUCGGCCUCUGGUACUUUGGCAGCUUCUGUCCGCGGUUUGCACUGUGUGUCCUGGGCUACGGGUGCGUCCUCACGGGUUGAUCAGGGCUUUGAUUUGACAACUGGAUGGAGAGGAAAGCACAGAGACACAAGCUCUUUUACAGAUGUAGAUGGAUCUUAAAAACGUCAUGACGAUAUGUUUCACCCUAACUGUAAAGAUAUGACAAUUGCACGUGUAGGAUAUUUUAUGGUUGCGUCUAUGCAUUAGGGGGGAUAAGAUAUUGAAUAGUUGGGGAGCGGAAAAAGGGGUAAUGUUUUAUGUAAAAUGUUUAAUAUCUGAUACUUCAGUAGAAGACUAAAAGGUCCAGUUUAGUCAUUUCAAUACAUUUCUCACCAUAGCAAUGACUCACUCUUCGCUCUGAAUAAACUGAAAGGUAAAAUUCACCAACUACGUUUGACCAAAACCAAACCAAACUGACUGAUGAACCCUCCGCACUGCCAUGCAGAUACACGGUUACCAUGGGAACAGCCAACAGCUUGUACUGGCAAGGGUUACCAUGGGAACCGCCAACCGCUUGUACACUGGCAAUCAACAUUUUUGUAAAAAAAAAAAAAAAAAAGUUUGUUUUCCUGAGGAAGGAAAAUAUAACUUUUGUUCAAACUCACAAGCUCUUUGCUAUCUCGUCUGGUGAUCCCCAAUUUUGUACACUUUUACAGCAUAUUGAAACAUUACCGAUAAAUGUCUGGUUGUUUGGUGUAAAUCUGCCGAAAAGUUCAACACCUACAGUGGUGCCUUUUUUCCUAAAGAUUAUUGUCUUUUGAUAAAAAAAUGAAAUGGAAUCUAACCAAGGCAGUCCUUUUGUUAACAACCUGUUUGUAAAACAUUUUUUGAAGUGUAUUUUCUUUUGAAUGAGGAGAGCUUGGACAACAUCUGAUACGCUGUGUAGAGUAAAUACAGGACACUUUCUCUCUGUUUGCUUCCCAUUGAAUGAAUGACUGAGCGUCUUUUCGUGGUAUUUGCGAUGUCCCAGUGGCUUGUUUCAGUGCUUCAUCCAAUGUAUUAACCUGGUAUCCUUUUACAAUUAAAACAGUUGUAUUACAA